AUGUUUGCCAAAAGAUUGUUCGGCAAUGACAAGAACAAAGAAGACUGGACCAGUCAAGGUUGGACCACAAACGUUGUCCUGCGAGAAUAUGAAAAAAAUAGAGGUCGAAAACUGUACAAGGGAAUAUGA